CGUGACUGCUGCCAACAGCUGCCAGCUGAUUGGGCCACUACAGUUUAGCUAAACGUGUUCCUCUCGGCACGCUAACUCUUUAAAGUGCAUAAAAGUCCACCGAACUCGAAUGAGAAGUUUUGUGCAUUGACGGUAAUUUCACAAGCACUCUGAUGGAGGAUGAGCAGCUGCUCCUCGAGUCGGCAAAAGACGGCAGUUCCUCUCGCGUUCGGCGGCUUCUUAAGUCGCGAGUCGACCAGAGCUCUUCUCUCAACAUCAACUGUCGAUGUAAGGCAAACGAAAUGUGAUGCGUCCUACGGUUCACACCACUCCACCUAGCGUGUUACCAUGGAAACGGGGACGUCGUAGAUGAGUUGCUAAAAGCAGGUGCUGAUGUGAAUAUCCAAGACGACUUGGGCGACACACCUCUCCACAAAGCAGUCAGCACUGGAAGAAAGGAGAUUGUUCUGUUGCUGCUGCAAUACGAUGUGUCGGCCAGUGUCAUCAAUGGAACAGUGCAGAUGCCUCAAGAUGUCACAGAGGAUGAUGAAAUCACAACCAUGCUCGAGGCCGCCGAGAGAAAAGAGGUCAGGCGGCAGGAGGAGAGACUGCUGGAUGCUGCCAGAGAGGGGGAUGUCUCUGCUAUGUCAAAGAUACUCUGUAGCAAAGAAGCCGUGGAUGCUCACUGCAAGGAUUCGGUGGGCGAUACGCCUUUACACUGUGCUGCCUACAGAGGGCACAAGCAGUGCAUCAUCAAAAGCGGUGCCAGCCCGACUGUCAAAAACAACCAAGGUACGCGCUUGACAGCGUUGGACCUGGUCCGCAAUCAUGAGCUCAAACAAAUUCUACUUGACUUUAGGGACAAGGAAGUGAGCAGCAGAGUGCAGAAGAUUGAAGGCCCACUUUGGAAGAGUUCACGCUUUAUCGGGUGGCGUCUCCACUGGGUGGUAAUUGAGGACGGAACAAUUUCCUGGUAUUCCAGACAGACCGAAUUGGGAGCUGGCGUGAACAAACAGGGCUCAAGAUCUUUAGCACAAGCUUACUGCGUGGUCAAACCAUGGGAUCACUUCUUCUUCAUGCUGAAGUGUGCUGACAACUCUGCGUUAUGUUUUAAAGUGCCCUCAAAGACGGACUCUGUGGCAUCACGAAAAAGGUAGUUUGAUGCCUUUGAGGCGCACUCCUCUUACAACAAUCAAUACGGCAGCCGCCACCAGAAGAACGUGGACGACGCGGACGGUGAGAGCGUCGUCGCGGCGAGCAACGUAACGCGAGCUCUGCAGGCUGCCAAUGCGUGGCAGCAGAAACUGGAGAGUGAGGUGUCCAUUUUUCUUUUGAUGGUAAAUAAUGAGGAAAACUGUGGUGAAGGCAAAAAGUUUACACGAUUAGCUUAUUUGCGGUUUUCAUUAUGUAUAUAUAUACACUUUUUCUCCAGUGAAACCUGUGCUGCCCUUCAGCUCUGUCUUCAGCUGUUGUCCAAACAAGAUGAGGUGUGGAGCCUGGAGUUAGAGCAGGAGCAAGAGAGGAGCAGAGCUCUGACCGAGGCGCUGCAGACGAUCGCCACAGAGCACCACGAUCUCAAGCAGUCGCUGAGCAAGAGCAGGAGGUCGCCCACCCCCUGCACCCUCGCCGAAGAUGAUUUCUACGAUGCCGUGUCAGAGUCCUAGUCGGAGCCUACGGUGAGCGGCUUUCUCUCGGUGGCCAGCUACUCCUGUGAAGAGGACGAGGGGAGAGACGACCCCCUUCUCAGCAGCAGCCGCCGCCAUCCCAGCCCGCUCGGCGGGGCCGCCGGAAUGUCAGGGGAGGGUGACCAUGGUAACCGGAAUAAUGACGCCAAGAAGCACAGAACAUCUCUACCGGCUCCAAUGUUCUCCCGAAAUGAUGUUAGCAUCUGGAGCAUCUUGAAAAAAUGCAUCGGCAUGGAGCUGUCCAAGAUUGCCAUGCCGGUAAUAUUAAACGAGCCUCUGAGCUUCCUGCAGCGGAUUACCGAAUAUAUGGAGCACACUUACCUCAUCCACCGGGCCAACGCCACUGCCGACUCUGUCGAACGGAUGAAGUGCGUCGCAGCGUUUGCGGUGUCCGCUGUGGCAUCACAGUGGGAGAGGACUGGCAAGCCCUUCAACCCGCUACUGGGCGAGACCUAUGAGCUCAUCAGAGAUGAUUUGGGCUUCAGGUGGGUUUCUGAGCAGGUGAGCCAUCAUCCUCCCGUCAGUGCCUUUCACGCCGAGGGCCUCAAGGAGGAUUUCGUCUUCCAUGGCUCAAUCUACCCCAAAAUCAAGUUUUGGGGCAAGAGCAUCGAAGCAGAGCCCAAAGGAGUCAUCACACUGGAACUUCCCAAGUACAAUGAAGCCUACACAUGGACAAACCCCACUUGCUGCGUCCAUAACGUCAUCGUCGGUCAGCUUUGGAUCGAGCAGUACGGCAGCGUGGAGGUCGUCAAUCACAAGACCGGCGAGCGCUGCUGCAUGACUUUCAAACCUUGCGGCCUCUUUGGGAAGGAGCUCCACAAAGUGGAAGGAUACAUUCUCGAUAAAAGCAAGAGGAAACUCUGUGCCAUCUACGGCAAAUGGACCGAGUGCUUAUACACGGUGGACCCAGCAACCUUCGACGCCAACAAAAACUCAGACAAAAGGAGUUCAGAAGAGAAAAAGGCUUGCAAAAGGAACAGCGUAGAUGAGGAGCCCGAGGAGAUGCCGCCGCCUGACGCCGAGACAGUGCAGGUGAUCCCGGGAAGCGAGCUCAUUUGGAAGAUAACGCCUCGUCCCAAUAACUCUGCCAAGUUUUACGACUUCUCCACGUUCGCCAUGCAGCUGAACGAGUUGGACCAAAAGAUGGAAGGACUUCUGCCCUCCACAGACAGUCGUCUUCGACCUGACAUCCGCGCCAUGGAGAACGGAGACAUCGAUUCAGCGAGUGCGGAGAAGAAGCGACUGGAGGAAAAACAGAGGACAGCCCGUAAGAACCGCGGCAAGUCCACAGAUGACUGGAAAACCAGGUGGUUUCAGCAAGGAGCCAACCCGCACAACAAAGCGCAAGGCUGGCUGUACACGAAAGGUUACUGGGACAGAAAGUUCACGCAGCUGCCCGACAUAUACUAGGACCAGGAAACGCGAAGGUUCCCUUGGGACUUGCCUUGAAAUGUCCAUGUUGAUUUUGUUGUGGCGCUGCCGGUAGAUGAUCACCAAGUUGAAUAGAUUCUUAAAUUCAAACACGUUAGAUCCGGGUGAACAAUAGAGCACAAAAAAUAAAA